CCAGUAGCCAGCCACCUUGCCUUACCUCCUACGGGAUCCAGUCCCAGUCUUUUCUAAAAAGACUAGGCUCACCUAUACAGUCACCUUUCCUUACCGUCACCUCGUCGUCGUCGACUGUCCUAUCUCCCGCCCACGCUGUUCGCGUCGAGAUCCACGUCACCUUUCGAGGUCGCCAGUGCCGUGCACGUCGCGUUCUAGCCUUCCGCGUCGCGGCGACAUGGAUCUCGAUCUGGAGGGCGUUCCCGAGGAGGAUAAGGUCCGCCUCACGCAGAUGAUCGAAAACGCGCAGCGACGCGACGGAGCUCGCAUGUACAACUCGCUGGUGGAGCGGUGCUUUAAGGAUUGUGUGGAUAAUUUCAGGAGGAAAACUCUUGAUAAGACGGAAGAGCAAUGUGUGAAGCGGUGUGCCGAAAAGUUCCUCAACCAUUUUGCCCGAGUGGGCAUGCGCUUUGCUGAGCUCCAAUCAGGAGCCUCCAGUGAAUAACUGCUAUGCAAAUGAAUAACAUUGUGGAGUGUUUAGCUUCAAUGUAGGCCGAUCCGCAACCUUGUGAUAUCCUGAGCUGUAAUCAGGAGCCUCUAGUGAAUAAUAUACCCGUUCUCUCUUACCGUUUGGAACAUGUUGGAGCAUCACCAGUUGUGACUUCAACAUCGUAUUUCCUUAAUAUGCCACUACUAUU